GACUGGUUGAGCAGCAAAAGGCGAGUGUGUCCUCCGACCUGUGAAAACGCAGAUAAAGUCAAAUUUAGUAUCGCAAGUUAAUUGAUCUAUUCCCUGCCUUUCUACAUAUAUUUCUUUGUGACACCUUUAAUCUUUAAUCACCUUCUGCAAUCUGAAGUGUAUUGUUUAAGGCCCUAUUUAAGCGUUAUCUUAAGCAAGUGCUUUUUAAAUCUUCAAAAAUAAAACAACAUUUUUGUUUUACUUUAUUUAUACACUUCCCAUUCUUGUGUAGCAUUUUCUCCGUGCUUUUACCAGAUCUUUAUUAUGUUUUUUCUUUAUCAAAAACAUAAGCUAACUAGUUUCUGUCUGUGAUUGCUGAAUGGAGCGUGGCUAUAAUCCUUAUUGUUAUAUCUUAUCGUUUCGCCUACGUCAUUUCAUGAAUCUAAUCAAAUGUGAAAAAAUGCCAGGCUUAUCGAGCUCUCUCACCGAAAGUUUCCCGAGCAAACAAAUCUAGACAGCCAUGAGAAACUAGGCCUGGACAUCAUUCAAUUCCUUGACCUUAUUGACAAAUUUCGAGUGUUUCGUUUUUAUGAUGUCAUUGACAACUUUUUAAUUGAAAAUGACCAUGAAUCUUGGGUAGAAUAUGAAGUCGAUCAAGGCCCAGCUGAAGCACCGAAUGGGAAAACUAUUGGUGAUGGAUAAGCCGCCUAGCCCGAGCAGCAGCACCAAUCGACGGAACGCACAGCAGUCGACAAACAGGAGUCGUGCAAACGAGUUCCAGGAUCCGCCAUCGGCUGACAGCAGCAAGCAUCGCCUUUUCUGGGGCAGCCGGCGAAACUCGACAGCCGGAAAGGACGAAAGGCGCUCCAAGGCCGACGUGAGCCUGGGCGGAAAGAAGAAGCCACCGCAGCCAACGACACCGAGGCAGUCGACGUACACCCAGACGGACAUGGGCCGAGGCCGGUCGAAUCGCAAGCGGAAUACGCGGUGCCUUACGGUGGGAAACACGGCCCUCAACAGCAGGGAUACAAUUCGGUCAGCAUCCGGUAAGCGCGGUAAAAAGGGCAAGAUCGACCGCAACACAAUCGACCCAUCGGGACACUCGAACAUUGUCAAUUUUAAAACGGCCCCACACAUGCUAGGGCACAGGAAGCCUGAGGAGCUGACCGCCCGCUGCAGUGCGACGCACGAGGGCCGCAAGCUGCUGCAGGAGCGACUGAUGGUGCGGGUCGACGCAUUGUUCAACAUCCUCUUCUCCGCCUCGCCGUUCCUGCAGAGCUUUCACGAGCGGCGCAGGUCCACCGAUCUGCGGAUGGGCGGCUGGGCGCGCAACUCCGCCGGCCAGAACGAACGCAAGGUCUCGGUGACCGUGGCCCUCCAAUCAAACGUCGGCCCCAAGACGGUCAAGGUCACCGAGACGCAGGUCAUGCGCGAGUGCAGCCAACCCGGCCAGCUGUACUCCAUCGAUGUGUACAGCGUCAACGCCGAGAUCCCCUACGCGGACGCCUUCGUGGUCCUUUUGCACUUCUGCCUCAGGGCCACCGUGGAGGAGUACACGGACGUCCUCGUCUUUGGCCAGGUGAAGUUCCUCAAGUCCGUGUGGGCGGUGGUCAAGGCCUUCAUCGAGAAGAACACGUACGCGGGCCUGGAGGAGUUCUGCCAGUCGCUGUACAGCGCCCUGCUCAUCGAGAUCAAAAAGAUGUAGCCCAAAGUACCUAAAUACUCUUCAUUAUAGCUAAACUGUGUUCUAUUGAAUUGCUCUUAAAUAGCUGGCAAGGGUAUAUAUUUGGAGGAUUUAGAAGUUAGGUUUAAAAAUCCUCCAGUUUCAGUACAAAUGAUGCCGUUUAGUUAUUAUGUCAACAGAACUUUAAAACACCUUUACAAAAUCUCUCACUCUAUUUGGGAAUUCUUCCAACUUGCGAUAUUUUUUGGCAAUUGUAUUGAAUGAAUUGCCAAAGAACAUCGGAAGCUCAAAAACUCUUUAGAACAUGAUCCUCGAAAAUCUGC